AUGUUUUUACCCAACUUGAUGCCCGCCAAUUCUCAUCAUCUCUGGCUCGAUGAUGAUGAUAAAGGAUCAAAAUAUCUUCGAAGAAGAAAAAUCCUUGGAAAUAAUGGGGCUUCCGGUACCAGAAAUCAGCGGCAAAGGCAGCAGCAACAGAGUGCGAUGAGGAGUGUUGGUGGGCCAUUUGAUACUGGCAGCGCCAGAGGUGCUGCUUUUGCUCCACCAUUAUCAUCAUACUCAUCGGCGUGCGUUGGUGCUACAAUUUCCAGUUUAUCGUCAUCAGAUAUCUUCCUUAAUGAACUUGAUUCAAGGUUGGUUCAGCUAGAUCGUAUCAAGACCUACGGCUUCACCUACUUGAAACCAUUGGGGAUUGGGAAAACAAUGCAAACGUUAAUUGAUGAGAAGAAUAUGGAAUUGCAAGAAAAUGGUAACCAUGAAUUCACUGAGUCGAUGGCAGGAACUGCUGAGAAUCUUGUUGGAAACACUGAUAACUCGAACGCGGCAAAUGCGAGAGUGAUUUUCCAAGAUCCUAGUGCCAUGGAUGAUGAUGAAAUGCGAUCAAGAAACUAUUCCACUACACAACCACAAGAUGAAGGAACUGGUUUCACUACAAAUAAUACUACAAAUGGUGAUCAUCAACCUCAUUCGCCCUAUCAACAGCAGCAGCUUCCUCAUUUGGAAGUUGACUUGGAUGCUAAUAUUUCCAAUCACGAUGAAGAAAGCGAGGAAGGCGAUCCAAAUUACUUGAGUGGGGUUUACAGCGUUGAGGAUGAAGAUAUUGGAAGUAAUGAAGAUUUUGCAGGGGAUGAAGGUUUUAUGGCAGAUGAAGAAUAUUACGAAGACCAAGAUGAAGAAGAGGGCCAAGCUAAUCAAGUGAAUAGUUACUAUGAUUUAGAUAUUAAUAGCGAUUUGCUCCAAAUCCGUAACACUGGAACAAGAAACGUCAGCACCAGUACAAGAAUCUCAUCAUUGAAUCCUGAAUUGCGUGGUAUUCCUGGAAUUGACACCUCAGUUGGGAAUUCAAGUAAUAAUCAUGUUAUGGCUGACCAUUCCAUUUACAGAUCCACUAGUGAACUUGCUAGGCCAUAUAAUCUGAUGUCGCAUAAUACUACACAAUACGAAAAUAGUACACGGAUUGAAGACUCUGACAUGGAAAUGGAGUAG